AUGAAUUAAAAGAAUGAUACUAAUAUCAAAUGCCCAAAUUCAGAACAUGUCAAUAAUGUAAAAUUAGUAUGUUUUAAUGAAUCUUGUAAAGCAGAUAGAUUAUAAUGCAUUUAAUGUAUAUAAAAUGGAAUUCAUGUUUCUCAUGUUUAACAUUAAUAAGAUUUACCAUUUUUGUUUGAUCAUAUUUUAAAUAUUGAAAAACUAUGUGAAGACUUAAUUAUAGAUUUGAAUAAAUAAAUGGAUAUGGCUUAUUAAUAAUUCUAUUUAUUGAUUGGAGGAAUUAGAUCAAAAUAUCAGAAAUCUAAAUAAUAAUUCCUUAACUUAGAUUCUAAAUAAAUGAAUUCUUUCUUUGCACAAAGUAUUUAAUUCAAAUCAUUUGAAUAAACAAACUUAAUAUUAAUCAAAUAAUCAAUAAAAGAUUUUCAAGAUUCUAUUGUAAAAUUAUUAUCUGAUUUAAAAUUAACUGAAUUAAAUUAUUAUCAAAUAUCUAAUUUAGAUAUUAAUAAAUCAGAACAAUUAUAUAAAAAAGGUAAUAAAUCUAUUAAAUUAGGUUAUAAACUAUAUUGGGAUGAUGAUAAUUAUAAAGAGGCAAUUAAAAUAUUUGAUUAAUCAUUAAUUUUUAAUCCAAAACAUUCUCUUUCAUUAUGGUGUAAAGGUAUGAUUAUUAUUUAAUGUGUUAGCGGAGAGUUUAAGGAUGCUUGGUUAAUACAAUGAAGCACUCAUUUGGGCAGAUAAAGCAUUGUAAAUAGAUCCAAAACAUUGUUUUUCAUUAUAUUGUAAAGGUAUGAUUAUUAUUUAAUGUGUUAGCGGAGAGUUUAAGGAUGCUUGGUUAAUACAAUGAAGCAAUCAUUUGGGCAGAUAAAGCAUUGUAAAUAGAUCCAAAACAUUGUUUUUCAUUAUAUUGUAAAGGUAUGAUUAUUAUUUAAUGUGUUAGCGGAGAGUUUAAGGAUGCUUGGUUAAUACAAUGAAGCAAUCAUUUGGGCAGAUAAAGCAUUGUAAAUAGAUCCAAAACAUUGUUUUUCAUUAUAUUGUAAAGGUAUGAUUAUUAUUUAAUGUGUUAGCGGAGAGUUUAAGGAUGCUUGGUUAAUACAAUGAAGCAAUCAUUUGGGCAGAUAAAGCAUUGUCAGUAGAUCCAAAACAUUGUAGUUCAUUAUAUUGUAAAGGUAUGAUUAUUAUUUAAUGUGUUAGCUGCGAGUUUAAAGAUGCUUGGUUAAUACAAUGAAGCAAUCAUUUGGGCAGAUAAAGCAUUGUAAGUAGUUCCAAAACAUUGUAAUUCAUUAUUUUGUAAAGGUAUGAUUAUUAUUUAAUGUGUUAGCUGCGAGUUUAAGGAUGCUUGGUUAAUACAAUGAAGCAAUCAUUUGGGCAGAUAAAGCAUUGUAAGUAGAUCCAAAAGAUUGUUUUUCAUUAUUUUGUAAAGGUAUGAUUAUUAUUUAAUGUGUUAGCGGAGAGUUUAAGGAUGCUUGGUUAAUACAAUGAAGCAAUCAUUUGGGCAGAUAAAGCAUUGUAAGUAGUUCCAAAACAUUGUAAUUCAUUAUUUUGUAAAGGUAUGAUUAUUAUUUAAUGUGUUAGCGGAGAGUUUAAGGAUGCUUGGUUAAUACAAUGAAGCAAUCAUUUGGGCAGAUAAAGCAUUGUAAGUAGAUCCAAAACAUUGUUUUUCAUUAUAUUGUAAAGGUAUGAUUAUUAUUUAAUUUGAAGGUAAUUCAUUAAGAUAAUUGAAAAUGUUUAAAUAAUCUAUGGAAGUGAUUGAAUAAUCUCUAUAAAUUAAUCCAAAUCACUUUGAUUCAUUAUGGGCAAAAGGUGAAAGUAUCUUUUUAAUUUAUAGGUAUAUGUUUACAAGAUUAGAAUUAAUAUUAAGAAGCUUUAAUAUUUUAUGAAAAAGCAUUAAUGAUCAAUCCAAAUCAUUAAUGCACUAGAGACAGAAAAGGUAUUAUCUAUAUAAAAUAUUUAGAUGAAUGUUUAAAAGCUAUAAAUAAAAAAUGA